AUGCAUCCAAAACCAGUGAGGGAUGAGCUGCCGUUACGCGACGAAAGGAAAGAAAUGUUGAGGAGAGUGGAGCAGACGCACUGGCUCACGUCCUACCAGCUCCACUACUCAGGUUAUGAAAAGGGACAUCUCAAGAUGGAUUCUCAACUAAGAUCCAGCAGGUCAACGAGAAGAAACGCCCACUCUGCGCCCCAGAGGGUCAAGCCUGUGUCUCCCCCCGUGCCCCCCACUCUUACAGACAACCACAGCAGAACUGAUGAUCUGAGAGCAGGCAUGACAGGUCCCAGCGCUCAUCGUCCGGUCACAUUCCCAGCUCCGCUCCAGAGAUCCUCCUCGGCUUUCGUGCUGCCAGGAGAGAUCUCAGCUGACCGGAACGAGUCAGCGAGGCCACAUCGAUGGGGCCACAGCCAACCAGAGCCCAGCAGUGGUAUGGGACACACUCUGGAGGAUGCUCUGUCCGAUGGAGCAGCAAGGGAGCGGACUGGAGGACCCCCUGCUCUGCCUGGGAUUCGGCCGCGCUCUGGAGAAGGUCUCAGUCUCAAAGAGCUUCAGGAUUCCUACAGUAAGACACAGGCCCAUCGCAGGUUCAACAGCUCCACGAGAAGAGCUAACGUCGACCUCAAAGACCACGUGUGCGCAGGCAGGAGGCAUGACUUCUACGGAGUCAAUGUGCACUACCUCCAUGGAUGA